ACACGUGACAUCAAAAUGCAACAUACUGCUGGUAAUUCCGAUGUCUGUGAUCUUAUUUUGAAGAAAGGCCUUUCACCCCUGACCUUGACAGUCCGAGGAGACCACGUCGCGGUGGCCGAGUAUCUGUUGAGGAAAGGCGCUGAUAUUAAUAUUUUAGACAAACACCAAAGGUCACCGUUAAUGAUGGCCGCUGGCAAUGGACACAUGGACAUGGUGCGGAUGCUUUUAUCCUUUAAAGCAGAUUUUACGCUGAAGGAUAACAAGCAACUGUCGGCAAAGGACUACGCUGUUGAGAGCGGUCAUCGAGCCUGCGCCCUCGUUAUUAGUGAGCACGCCAACAAAAGGAACCCGGCGGGGUCCCCGGCACCUCCAUUUGUGUGUGACGAGAUCGUCAACCUUGCUGAAGCCCUGGAGACUUGUGGAGGACCAUCCACUAGCAAAGAUGGCUUCCAUUCGCCUUUUAGUGAAUUUGCCAGAGCUGGACAUGCUAUAAAAGAGAAAUUUCAAUCAAAAGAGACAGACAAGAACAAAUGGCUUUUGAACAAAUGUGAAGAAGAGAGCCUGGAAAAGCUUGAAUUGACGGAAGAACUUGGUUUUGGACAAUUUGACUGCAACGAAGCCUUAGACAACUCAAGCAUUUCCAGUCCUGAAAGUCUGCCUGGAUGCAAAAAUGACCUUAAGCUUGAGGACGUCCAAGAAUGCUUCAGUUCAUCUCUUGAAGAAGAUGUUUUUUAUGUGCCUCCAAAGGCGCCCUUUGCGCUACCAAAACCAAUCAACCCGGAUGACAAAAAACCCGUAGCAUCUUCGAGAUCACUCGUACGUCGCCAUUCCCCAAACGUGAUUCUUCAGGAGAGUGACGAAUCCGAUUGGGACGAUGACAGUUUGAUUUCAUUUUGUGACCGGACCCAAAAGGACAAACGGCCGCUUGAGGAAGCAGUUGCCCGAGGCUCCCCCGAAGUCUCAACGGCGUGUGACGGCAAACCGAGUUUUCAUUCUGUUGAGCAGCGGCAAAAGACGGAGACAGCGCUACCCGAGACCUGUAAUGACAGUCUGAGCGACCGAGAGGAGGAGAAAUCCGUUUCAAGUCAUGUUCAAAGUUUCCUGGAGAUGUUCAAUGCGCUUGCCAAAUCAGGACAACCUAACGAAGAAAAGCAGAGCAUCUGUACCUCCAGCUACGAAGAGUCAAACGAUGAAGAGGACGCCAAGCCCCUUUGUUCCGUUCGCCAAGCCUGCCGCUCGGAGUCUGGAUCAGACGACUCUGUGGCGGAGUCUCCUGGCUGCCCCCUGAAAAAUAACAAGAUUGCAGAGCGUCAGUCGCCUGCUCGUGAGAACAUCAUCGUGCUUGGGGAAGCAGAAGAGUCAUCUCAGAAUGAGGCGCCUCAGUUACUCGCCGAGAAAAAGGUCGUCUACAUUGCCCCCGCAGUUUGCACUGCUGGUCAAAACACGACUGCUGAGACCCAAGCUGGACCUUUUCACAACAAGAAAAUAGAAGAACCUGCGGUGGCCCACGAGACUCAUUUGACAGUGGAGACGCCUCCAAAUGAGCCUAAAACCAACUUGGUGAAUCAAAUUGAAGCUUCUUAUCAAGUCCAGACAGCUGUCACCUCUCAGAGGGCGGAAUCGCCACGUCAGCAGAUUUUCAACCCGAGCCCCGACGGAAGGACGAAGGACACCUCACAGUUUACCGUGGUUAGCGAAACAUGUGACCUCAGUGUCACUCAGAUCAAGAGUGGAAUCGACAAGGAUCUCUUAGGCUUCGGCAGCAGUUUAAGCGACCUGUCAGAAGAUGACGGAAGAACACCAAGCACUAUUGCCAUCACCGAAGACUGCGAGCUAUCCAAAGAUGCCGACGAUGGUGUCAUUUCAGAGGACUCUGACAUCAUCCUCCACAUUGAGAAACUGGACGCGGUCACUAAAGACUCCAGAAGUAAGAAGAAUCUGUGGGACAUCGACGAGCGCUGCUCGCUGAACGCAAACGGUCAUCAUGACAGACAGAGGCUUCAAGAACUGGAAACCGCAAAUCAUCUCUUGGAGCAAAGCAAUGUGGAGUCGAAAAGCGAUGUGGAAAAUCUCACAUUUCAGCUGAAAAUGGCUAUUAAGGCCAUCGUGUCGAAGGAAAGUACCAACAAGAAGUUUGAGGAGGAUCGCGCGGACACGCUUUCGGCGCUGAAUCACACCACGCUCAAUUCAUGCAUGCACACGUUAAACAGUCAACACGUCAAGCAGAAAGAGAUGGAAGAGCAAUACAAAAGAAGCAAAAACAAUGAGGAGCAACUGAGAGCAGAACUUGAGAAAUUACAAGCCCACACCAGCAUCAAACAGCGAGACCUCGCCGAGGAAAAUGAGGCCCUCAAGGACCAGGUGGAAGAUUUUCGCCUAGAACUCCGACUAGCCUAUGACAACGACAACCAAAACGCCUUGGAUUGGAACGAUACCAUGACCUCGUUAAAGUACGAGCUCAAACUGGCGAAUGAGCGCCUGGAGACUGAGCAACAAGCCCACAACAAUUUAGCGGCUGAGUUCCAGUUGGCCCGCACCUGCCUGGCUGAGGUUGAGCGAGAUCGGUCGGACUUGAAGAAAGCUCUGCGUCAAGAGAAGGACGAACACCAGCGACUCGCAAGCGAAGUCGCAUGUCUUCGCGACAACGUCAACAAACUGUCCCAGAAGCUGUCCAAGACCAAGACGCAGGCAAAUGCACUGGAGAGCGACGUUCGUCGAUAUGACGUGCAGAUGGCGGAGAAGGACAAGCAGCUGAGCUCCGCGCAGCGCGACAGCGACCAGACGGCUUUGCGUAUCAAAGAGCUGGAAGCCGCCCUGCAGGCCGAGAAGGAGCUGGUCGCUCGGGCCGCGUUGCACCAAGAAAACGCUCAGGAGCACCUCAAGCAGGUUCAGAACGAAGUGGCGUCGCUGCGGCAACGGCUGGAGGAGGCGCAGAGCAAAGUUGCGGCCAAGGAGAACGCUUUGACGGACGGCAAAAAAGGUUUUGAGGAUGCCUUGUUUAAGCUUCGCAGUGAUUGCGAGGAAAAGGUCCAGCAAGGGCGGAUGGCGCAGAAGGAGCUUGCCUCCAAGGCGAAUGAAGUUGAAACUCUCGUUCGGAGAUUGGAGCAGGAGAAAACAGAGAGGCAGACUUGCCAAAGGCAGCUGCAGCAAGAAUUCGAUGACUCCUUAAAGAAGCUCUCAAAGUGCGAAGCUUCUUUGGAGUUCAGCACGCGCUACCGCACCGACUUGGAAGAAGAGAAGACUCGGCUCCUCCAAGACAAUGACAAGCUAAAAGCAAAGCUGCAGGAAAGCAAAGCCCAAUGCAUCCAAGCCGAGAAAGAAAGAAAUGAGCGAGCGAGUCUUUUGGAUGAACGAGAACGAGACCUGAGCAUUGCGACGCGCAAGCAGAAGGAAGCUCAGGCUGCCGUGGACGCCUCCAAUCAUGUCAGCAAACAGCUUGAGGAGGCUGUGCAAAGGCAAACUCACUCUCUCAACACAUGCUAGCAUAUGUUUUGAC